UUUAUGACUUUUUUUUAUAUAAAAACCUUCAAAUUCUGAUUAUUUUGCAUUUCUGGAGUCAUAUUUCUUUUGCCAGAUCAGCUUUGUAAAUGCCGUAACCCUGGAAUAUGCAUCGUAAAACUGGAAAUAAUUUCUGAUGAAUAUAAUUGAAAAGCAUCGUAACCCUGGAACGUCGUAAGCUAAACCCGUCGUAAGCCGAUCCCGUCAUAAGCCGGGGACUGCCUACUUCAUUUCUUAUGAACAGUGCCAUUCAAAACAUGUUUUUCUUAGAUUUUUUAAAAUUUUAUUUCAGUGUUCUAAACAGAGGAAAAUUUCAUCAGAUCCUAGCUAGGAUAGAGUAUUGUAAAUGGAACAUCCUGUGGAAAUGCUGUUAAUCAAAGAAGAGAAGGAGAAUUUGGAGGAAGAUCUUUUUGAAAACAGAGAUGAAGAGACUUUAUUUGCAGAUCCCUUUUUAGAAGUCAAGGCAGAACCAGAAUUUUUUGACGAAAGUGAAUUUGAUGUGAAUUGUUCAUCCAAAUCUAUCAUGUAUGAGGACAGCUCUCCAAGCUGUGAAGAUGAAAUUGGAAAGAUCUGUAUUGCAGAAGAAAAUAGACAUUUGGGUAGAACAGAAGUACUUUCAAACACAGCAGGGAAGCGAAUAACUUGUGCUGAAUGCCAAAGGACAUUUUCACAGAUGUGUGACCUGAAAUCUCACAUGAGAUCUCAUACAGGAGAGAAACCAUAUACUUGCUCUAUAUGUCAAAAAAGAUUUUCUCAACAAAGUCAUCUCAAAACACACAUGAUAACUCAUACAGGAGAGAAAAAGUUUACUUGCUCUGUAUGUCUAAGAAGUUUUUCUCAACCAAGUGAUCGCAAAAGACACAUGAGAACUCAUACAGGAGAGAAACCUUAUAAUUGUUCUAUAUGUCAAAGAGGUUUUUCUCAAUCAGAUUAUAUAAAAAAGCACAUGAGAACUCAUACAGGAGAGAAACCUUAUACUUGCUCUAUAUGCCAAAGAAGUUUUUCUCAAUCAGGUUAUUUAAAAAAGCACAUGAUAACUCAUACAGGAGAGAAACCUUAUACUUGCUCUGUAUGUCAAAAGAGUUUUUCUCAACCAAGCAAUUUCAAAUUACACAUGAAAAUUCAUACAGGAGAGAGACCUUAUUCGUGCUCUGUAUGUCAAAUAACUUUUUCUCAGCAAUGUAAUCUCACAAAACACAUGAGACUUCAUGCAGGGUAGAAACCAUAUACUUGCUCUGUAUAUCAAAGAAGUUUUUCUGGUUCAAGUCAUCUCAAAGCACACGAGAAGUGACACUAGACAGAAACGGUAUACAUUUUUGACAAUAGGAUAUUCUCCAGUCCUAGUUUCAAAAAUGUUAGACAAUUUCAAAUACUAUUGAGAUUACUCACAAAAAUUCAUGAUAUUUAGAGGGCAAUUAAAUAUACUGAAUGCCAAAAAGUUUUUAUAUUAUACCUCCACUCGCGAGAACCUUACGAGAACCCAUAUUGGAGAGAAGCCAUUCACGUCUCAUGACUGCCAGAGGAGAUGUUUUGAGUUGAGGUGCCUCAAAAUGUGUGUGAAAACUCUUACUGGAAAGAAGUCAUUUAUGUAAAAUUUGCUUGUUGGAAGUAAAAGAUUCAUUUUUUCAAUAAACAUCAGUGAAAAUUA